AUGACAUGUUUCUUCUACAAAUUAUUCGAGUGCACCCCGGUUGGAGAUACUUGGAAGCCACCGGGAACCCCAGGCCUGGACUGCGUCUCGACCGACGCCAACGAAGCAAUGAUGACGGGCCAUGCAGUCGUCGGCAUCAUUACCGAUCUUGUCCUCCUGGCCCUGCCAAUCUGGGUUAUAUACACCAAGAUGAUGUUUUCCCGCAAGAUGUUUCAGGUUAUCCUCGUCUUCAGCGUCGGAGUUUUUGUAGUCGUUACGGGCAUUGUUCGCCUCUACUACAUGAAGACGCUUGAUUUUGCCAUUGAUUCGUAA